AUGUGCUUCGUGAUGUGCCUCCUAUCAGUAAACUUCUUGAGAGCUAUCGUAUACCUCCUGCCUCAAGGUCCGAAUGCACCUGUGAAACUACCCACAAAGCGAAAGGUGAAAGAUGCUCCAUCUGAAGCGGAUUCUAAAAAGCAAAAAGUAAAGCAAGCUGCUCGCAAGCGAAAGUAUCUUACUCUCACUCCUAGUGAGAGUGAUCAUUCACAAUCUGACACCUUGUUAGAUGUUCGUAAUAAGGAAGAACAACCCAUUGAUAAUGAAGAGGAUGAGCAAGUUCAUAACGAGGAGGCUACAUCUAAUCCUGAGGUAACCCCUACUUAA